AUGAGCGACUACCGCCUUCCCACAUCUGUGCGGCCGACGCACUACGAGCUGGCUGUCCGCACCGACCUGGCGGCGUCACCCCCGCGUUUUGAGGCCGAGGUGACCAUCACCCUCGACGUGUUGGAAGACACGUCCAAUGUCGUGUUCCACAUGCACCCCUCGCUCUCGGUCACCCACCUCGCCCUGAACGACGGCGUGACGCAGGAGCUGCCCACCUCUGCACUCUCUACCGACGCGGAGAAGGAGAGGGCUACUGUCACCCUAGUCGAGCCGCUCAAGAAGGGCUCCGCAAAGCUCUUCGUGCGCUAUGAGGCCGAGCUCAACGGCAACAUGAUGGGAUACUACCGCUCCAACUCGGACCCCGACGAGAAUGGGAAUCGCCUUGUCUAUGCACUCACCCAGUUCGAGCCCACCAGUGCUCGCCGUGCGCUGCCCUGUUGGGAUGAGCCGCUCUUCAAGGCGACUUUUGGUGUCACCCUGAUCGCGCGCGAGCACGAGGUCGUGCUGGCGAACAUGGACGCCGAAAGCAGCUCGCCAUUCCUCCCGGACGCCGUCAAGGUCACUGACGUCUUCACUGACGGGUACGUGGCCGGCUCGACGCUCGCACCUGCCUUCUCCGGCACUGCCAACCCGGCCGGAUGGGUUGCGACCUGCUUUACACGCACGCCGCUCAUGUCCACGUAUCUUGCGGCGUGGGCGUGCGGUGAGUUCAAGCACAUCGAGGCGAUGCACACGUCUGCUCUUACUGGCAAGGUGAUCCCACUCCGCGUUUAUGCGACGAACAGCAUCGACCAGGCGCGCAUGGCCCUCGACGCCACGGCCUCCGCGCUCAAGGUGUACGAGGAGCUGUUUGGCAUCGCGUACCCACUCCCGAAGCUCGACACUCUGGUUGCGCACGACUUUGACAUGGGUGCAAUGGAGAACUGGGGCCUCAUCACUGGCCGCACCGCAGCCUAUUUCGUCAACGAGCGCAGCAGCCUGGCAUCCCUCAAGCGCUGUGGCACGAUCCAGUGUCAUGAGGUCGCGCACAUGUGGUUCGGCAACAUUGUUACCAUGAAGUGGUGGGACAACCUGUGGCUCAACGAGGCGUUCGCGACACUCAUGGGCUCGCUUGUACUCCCAGAGCGCAUCUGGCCCGAGUGGAAGAUGUCCGGCGAGUUCCUCGAGGCGCACUGGGAGCGCGCUCUGAGUCUUGACGCCAAACGUUCUAGCCACCCGAUCCAGGUCGAGUGCCCGGACUCGAACAAAAUCGCGACUAUCUUUGACGCGAUCAGCUACUCGAAGGGCGCGUCAGUUCUGCGCAUGCUCAUGAGCGUGGUUGGUGAGGAGAAGUUCUUCCAGGGCGUGGCAGCGUACCUCAACAAGCACCUCUACGGGAACGCCGAGAUGCAGGACCUGUGGGACGGCAUUUCGACCGCUGUCGGCAAAGAUGUCAGUGAGAUGAUGAACUCCUGGACAAUGCGCGUGGGAUUUCCCGUUGUGCGCGUCGAGGAGCUUGGAGAAGGCAAGAUCAAGCUGUGGCAGAACCGUUUCCUGUCCACAGGUGACGUUAAGAACGACGAGGACGAGACAACCUGGUGGGUGCCGCUCGAGAUCAAGAGCAUCGGCAAGGAUGGCAUUAAGGUCGACCACGCGGCCGUCCUCUCCGCGCGCAGCACGGAGUACACCAUCACCAGCGAUGUAUUCAAGCUCAACGCGGAGACCGUCGGCGUGUAUCGCGUCGCGUAUUCCCCCGAGCGCCUUGCCAAGCUCGGCUCCCAAGCCGCGAACUUCAGCGCAGCGGACCGCCUUGGGCUCAUGUCCGACGCUAGCGCGCUCGCACAGGCGGGGUACACACCCACGAGUGGCGCUCUGGCGCUCGCAGCCGCCCUCGCCAAGGGCGAGAAGGAAUACCUGCCGCUGAGCCGGAUCUCCAGCUUCCUCUCGGCUCUGGCAGCCGCGUGGUGGGAACACCCACUGCGCGAGACGAUCGACAAGCUCCGCAUCGAGAUCUUCAAGCCUGUCGUCGAGCGUAUGGGUUACGAGUUUGUCUCCACCGACGAGCCGGAGGUGCGCGAGCUCCGGAAGCUUGCGAUCAGCGUUUGUGCCCGCGCUGGUGACGCCGACGUCGUCUCCGCCCUGCAGGAGCAAUUCGCCUCGAAGGGCGGCGAUAUCGUGCCGGACCUGCGCCAGAUCACGUUCCGCACGGUGUCAGCGAACGGCGGUGAGAAGGAAUAUGAGGCCAUGCUCCGCGUGUACGAGCAGCCUCCCGUGCCGAUGGCGCGCAACGACGCGAUCUGGGCACUCACAGCUACACGCGACCCCACGCUCGUGCGGCGCGCGCUCGACAUGAUCCCCAGCGACGCGGUCAAGGACCAGGACGUCUACCUCCUCUUCAUGGGACUGGCCGCGAACCCCGCUGCGCGCCGCGACGGCGCCCAGUACCUCAUGGACCGGUGGGACGAGCUCAACAAGCGCUUCCAUGCGAGCUACGGCCUUCGUAAUGCCAUUGCUGGAGCGUUUGGAGCGCUCUCGAGCAAGGAGGACCUCGCAAAGGUCGAGGCGUUUGUCAAGAACAAUGACACGGCCAAGUAUGCGACGAUCCUCGACCAGGCGGUCGAGGGGAUGCGCGCUCGUGCGGCGUGGGUUGAGCGCGACACCGAUGACGUGUCUGGGUGGUUCGCGAAGGGCGACUGA